AUGCUUCUCGCCAUUGUGCGGGACCUCCUUCAGCUGUUUCGCCCGUACGCGGCGGCACUGCACCCGGAGACGACGCAGGUGUGGUUUAGCGUCCGCGAAACGCCGCUGUCGUGGCUGUAUCCGGCAGGCGCCGUAAAGGACUACGUGAACGAGUGUGUCCGCGAAGAGCGGGCGGCCCACCUCUCGGCGUCAUUGACGUCAUCCCCGUCCUCAUCAUCAGCAGCGGCGCUCCUGCAGUCUCAUCUGUGCUCCAUCUUGAGUGAGCCGCUCGAGCUCAGCUUCCACAUCCACUCCCUCACGAAGGGGAGCUCGCUCGCCCGCACCGUGCCCCUCUACAUUAACUACGACAGACUGGAGGAGCACAUCCGGAUGGAGGUGAAGCAGGCACACAAGGCUGCCUACACUGUGCUCUACGGCAACUACACCAUCUAUCAGCGCGAAGCUGAGUCAGCGCUACAGGCGGCCGUUGGUUUGGCCCUCUACCGGCCGUUUGACGCUGCGGCACAGGAGCAGCUCCAGCAGCAGCGCUACCGCGACCCCGGUUUCAGCGGCAGCGGCGGCGCCGGUGUAGUCAAUGGCGGCUACUCGUCAAGCAACAGCCCCGGUGGCGGGUAUUCGGCGCCGUUUGCAUUCACAUCUCCAUACCUCCUGACUGAAUACCAGCAGCUGCUCCGCGGCCUGCUGACGCCUCGGCCGCACGUGGCGUACCUCAUCCGCAUUGGAUUCCCCUUCGCCUAUCGAGGCGCGGCAGGCCGGAGCGAAAGUGGUUACUUGCAGUACGAUGCUCACCGCGUCUCAGCAGCCCCGGCGCUAGCACUGUCAGCAACGGUGACGGAGGCGGCUGCUGCUCUGACGAUUGGGCCGGAACAGCUGCCUCUGGGUCUGCUGCUGUGGCGACUGUUCCGCAUACCUGUUCUGCGAUGGAAGGCCCAGCAACCGCAGGAGCAUCCUACGGACAGCACAUCAGCAUCUACCGCUGCGCACGCUUCAGCGGCGGUGCUUAGUGAAGUGGAGCGCACGUAUCAGCAGCUACUGCGCACCCUCGCCCCCUAUUAUGCCGACCCUCCGCGUUGCGUGACGGAUGGGCUGGAGCAGCAGGAGCCGCUCUUGACCAGCACUCCGCCGGAGCCGCCGGCGUGGGCGGCGUGGGAGCACGCAAUGGUGCAAACCUUCAUGCGCGACUACGAGGAGCGCCCCGAGAAAUGCGGUGUAGGGCUUGAGUUCGCGGAGGCUGCCGCGCCCUCUGCCGCCUCACCCAAUGCUUGCCGCCGCGUGCGCUUUAUCGUGCAGGGCAUCCAGCCCCCGCUUUCCACCCCCGGUAGCUUCCUGGAGGCGCAUCUCUCCUCUAGCGACCGCGCCAUUUUCGUCACGGUCCAGGUAUGA